CGGGGGAUGCGAGGCGUCCCCCCCGGGCCUUUAGGGAUGUUGAGGCUUUGGACCGCCGACAAGGGGGAAGGGCUCUCCAGAUGGAGGGACGGCCUGGGUAGGAUCCGGGAAGCGGGGAAAGUCGGGCCUAAGCGCUCGCUCUCAGGGAUCCGGAACCUCAGACCACUCCCUCUUUCGGGCGUGCUUGUCUCCCUCCCUCUCCUCCAGAUGGGAAACAUUGAGUCCCAGUGGGAGCACUGGUGUGCUUGGGCGAGGCUCUGGCUCGGAGGUCCAGUCGCAGAGUCCACUCCCCUUCGUGCUAGGGGAGUCCCCUGGCCUCAGUUUCCGCAUCUGACACCUGCGGGCAGAAGUUCCCACCUCCUCGUCAGACUCAGCUAAGCCUCUAGCUCUGAGAGGGUUAAAAGCCACCCUUCUCUCAGAAGGACACCCUUUUGGUCUCCCCCAAAUGCUGAGUGAUUGACCGCUCUGUGGAAGCCCCUUGGGGUCUCCGAAAUCGAUCUGUGCCCUCCUUAAACAAACACCCAGGAACACCUGGUAUGCUCCGGCUCUGGCGCUCCCCACCCCCCCGCCCCCGCCCCUGCCUCCACUCCAGCUGUCCAAGGACUUCCCCUUUGUUACCUCCUCCCAAUGAAGGAGUCGUCGUCCUGCUCAGGGUGACAAAGCAAGGCCCAGGCUAGCGGGGACUACCCCCUCAGUGCCCACAGCCAGGUCCCCUAGGGGACUCCCCAGAUCAGGCCCAAAUAAAAACAGGAAAAAAAGAAAAGGAGGGUUGAGAUGGAACCCUCUCAGUUGUUCAUUUUCCUCCCAAACAUGUUUCUAGUGCCUCUGGUGCCCAUCCCUCCUUGUCUGCUAGGGUCACGCGAUAGAUACCAGAGGACAAACACCGAAGUGGAAAUUCUGUAAAAUGUGUUUUGCUUCCCUGUACCCAUCGAAGCCCUAUAGCUGCCUAGGCUAGUGGACUUGCUCCUGCUGUGUGCAAGGGUCCCAGGUCCCCAGUGUGUGCAGGGUUGGCAGAAUCUUUCAAGGUGACUUACUUGGAACAUCAGAAGGUUGUGACUCACCACAUUACCUAAUCAGCCCCAGCCAGCAGCUCCCAAACCCACGCGGUCAUGGCGGUCCAGAUCUUCAAGGACCCGGGGCAGCAGGGGAUGCAGGUCCCCUCGGGUCUGAGUUGGUACCAGGGCAGAGCGAGACAAGGUGGCUGCCAGGGACAUUCUUAACAAGAAGGGGUGGAUGAGAAAAGGGAAGCUUGACGUGUGAAAACGGCUCUUCCCCACCACAGCUCGCCCACCCCGCAGCUGCUGCACCUCCAGGUGGGUAGAGGGGAUGGUUCCACCUUUGACCUGGCUACCCAGGCUGUGCUCAGGCAGUGCUCUCUGGAAUGCACUUCCUUCCAGCCAGGCGCCUCUUAGGUGUGCCCUCACCUCCCGUUGAGCCUUACCCCUUCUCUCCAGAUUGGAAGCUCCUGGAGGGAGGAAGCUUGCCUGAAGCCCGGUGCCGGACCUGACACACAGUAGGCAUUCACUACAUUUUCCUUGAAUGAAUUAACUGAAAGAAGUAGGGAAAAAAUUCCGCAUUCACGUCACUUGGAUAUAACUAUUGUUAAAAGUUGCCCUUUUUGCCAGACUUCUUAAAAAACACAUUGGUACAUAUUUGAGUGUCUUGUUUAUACAAGCAUCUCAAAUGCCUCACCUUUCUCAAAUUAUUUUUUUAUAUUUUUCAGUGCUUAGAUAUUGUUACAUCUUAUUUAGUUAAUGGACCUCAUUUGACAUUUAUGUUUUGUUGUUUUUUUUUAAAAAUAUUUGGCUCUUUUAGAUGUUACAUUGAGUUCAUACAUAAAUUUAUACAUUGCCAGAUUUUUUUCUGGAAAGGGAAUUACUUGGUAGUCACUGGAUAUGAACCUCUCGGAUGGUUAUACCUAGAACCAGCAGGCUCUCCAAAGGGACUGUUCCAUUGCCCACUUCCUUAGGCUAUGAGUGUGCGUUUCUUGUUAUUUCCUGGAAAUGAAAUUACUGGGUGAAAGAGUAUGAACAUCUAGGAUCUUUGUGUGUUUCUUAAUCAUUUGUUUGAGUUCAUCAAUGAGAUGUUUGCCCCUUGUCUGGUCUCUUUGCGGCAAAGAUCUUCUCCCAGGUUGUCAUUCGGCUUCUGUUUUUGCUGCUGAUGGUGUGUGUAUUUGAGCAGCAGUUUUUAUUUUACUUUAUCUGUGUGUGUGCUUUUCAAUAAGGUAGACUUGACUGUACUUACAAGCUGAUGGGAAAGAGCCAGAAGAGGGAGUGGCUGCAGCCCCUGGAGAAGGAGGGGCAGGUCGGUAGAAUGAGGUCCCAGAGGACGCAGGAGGUGGGAGGGGUCUGGAACUGGUCCAGAGGGAUCUUCUGAGCUGAUGAGGACAGGAGGUGGGAAGGAGGGGGCUGGGAGGACAUCUUAUGAAUCGGCUCAGAUCUUCCUAGAGAAGGAGGUAGAAAAAGCAUCAGUGGAAAGAGGGUUCUGCACCCGAGGUCCCCAGCUCCCUGUUGCUGUUUGCCCCCCCAUUCCCUUGAGUCCUCCCUGCUUCCCUGGGAGGUAGCAGGUGUUAUCACCCCCACUGACAAACUCCAGAGGGAGGGGAAGUGCCUUGCUUAGGGUCAGUCAGCUGAUGAAUGGCAGGGCUGGAUUCAAAGAAGGCUCUCCCUGCACUAACCACAUGCCCUUGAGAAUCGCUUUCCUCUCCGAGCCUCCAUCUCUAGUGGAUAUCGGAAGCGGUGCCCAUCUGACUCUGUCCGGUGCUUGGUGAGUGAGUGUCCCUUCCUCCCCUGUCUACCUCUGUUUGUCUUCUCUCUGGAAAGACCCCAGUGAGUCCAGGGGCUUCCAGCUCCACAGGGCUGGCCACAGGGCUAGGAGGGCCCCUUCCCCUUCCCUUCCUUGUGGGUGCCUGCACAGUCACCCCUGCGCCCACACGCUCACCCAGCAGGAGCACACAGCCUUCUGGAUGUCACACCUGUGCAAAGUCUGAGUUGCUGGGUGAACGUGAGAAAAUGGGAAAAGAGAUCUUUAUGUUCUGUGAGCAGGCUCGAUUUGAAAGCACAGAAGCCAUUGUCCCAGAUACAGAUAAGGAGCCCAGAGAGGCACCCCUCCCCUCCCAGUUGUCUUAAGUCUUCAAUUGCUUCUUCCCACAGGCCUCCAAGGCAAUCGCCUGAGUUGAGGGCAGGCUUCCAUGAACUGAGCCCCCUCUAGGUGCCAGACGCUUUGUUACCUGGUCUUUUUUAAACCCUCUCAGCCAUCCUGUGCUGUCAGCCCCAUUUUACAGAUGAGGGAACUGGGAUUCAGACUCAAGCGCCUCUUCUUUACCACAGUGAGAUCUGAGCCCCUGGCCGUGGUGCAGCCCCAGGUGAACUUGGCUCCUUUCACCUGGCAGAGGGUGUUUGAAUCCCAGCUGUGCUUCGUUUCCAACUCAAGCUGUAAUUGAUUAUAAGAGGACCUGCCUGGCAGCUAAUUGGGAGGAUUAAACGAGUUACUGAAGGAAAACUGCUUUGACCUUUGGCUGUGCAUGCUCUGUGUAAACACUGCUCCUUGUGAGUGGAGGCGUCAGAAAAGGACUAGAAAGGGUAUAACCAAAAUGCUGACAUGUCAUGUGCCCACACCUCAAGUCUUCAAGAUAAAGAGCAAAGCAGGAGGUGUCACUGCAGGGUGGUGACUGGACAUCCGCUGCACCUCCACCAUGUGCGCGUGCGCGCGCACACACACACACACACACACACACACACACACACACUCUAGAAAGACUGGAAGCCCCACCCCCUGUGAUCCCACCGUUGGCGAAGUGUCUGUGCAUGCAUGCUGUGGAAAUACAGAGGCAGUACCCAAAGGUAUGAAGAGAACAGGGACAGCAAUUGUGGCGGAUUCUUGGCAAAUGGCUCUCAUCUUACCUAUGAUGGUUAGGAGGUUGCCGGGCAGGGGAAGGUGGAGGGACAUUUUGGGAAGAGGGAGGAGCAUGUUUCAGAAACUUGGAAUUCCCAGUUUGAGCAAUAGAGAGGAGUUGGUUUUCCUUUCAAGGUUUUGCCAUCGUUUUCAAAGGCAUUAAGGGUACCAGAUGGCUCUCCUGUAUCCCUCACCACUCAACCAGUCAUCACGCAUUUGUGGUGCGUCUGCUAUGUGCCAGGCCCUCCCUAAUUUAAUGUCAUUUACAGUCUCCGGCACGGUGAGCCACAUCUGGCUCAUUGCCCACUUUCCUCUGAUCCCAGUUCACUCCAAGGCCAAAUUCACCCUGGCCCCUCCCCAGAGGACUUACCCACCCGCGGGCUCUGAAGGUCUGCCGCUGGUCUAGGCUGUGGGCGAAGCACAGGGUUUGGAGUGAGGGCUGCUUACACACAUGCUCCUUUGGAAGGUAGCCACGAGCUCCUACUGUGUGCUGGGGUGUGCAGCACCGGGGACCCAGCCCACGGGCCACAGUGAGUGAGUGCCAAAAUCCAGGUGGCUUCCUGGAGGUGGUGGCUCUACUCAACCUAGGUCAGGAGAGACCGAGGAAGGAAGGCCUGAGACUGGGGAGCAGACACUCCUGGGUGGGUGCAAAUCCUGCCUCCCACCUUUACUAGCCGGGUAGCCCCUUUCCUCUGUACCUUAGUUUUGUCGUUUGUAAAAGGGGCCACCGUGGUGGACAUGAAGACACAGGACGAGCGGUGCUUGGUAGGGUGCCUGACAAGCGGCGUGUUCUUGGCAAGUGGCAAACUUCCUACCUCUUCUGCUCCGGAAGUUCCUGGGCAGGGGAGUGGGGAGGGACAUUUUGGGAAGAGGGAAGAGCACGUUGCAGAAGCCUGGAAUUCCCAGAGCCUGAUGGUUUGAGCAAAAUGGCAGAUGCCAGCUUGGCUGGUCUGGAGGUCGUGGGCCUGGAGAGGGGCAGCGCUGAGGGGAAGUGCCCGCAAGGUCUCGGUAUUGUGGGGUCUGUAGACCUUCUUGGGGCUGAGGCAGGAAGCCAGGGAGGAGGCUGGGGUAGUGGGUCCCCCGACAGAGACAGAGAGACGACGGGGAGAGCUGAGCUGGGCUGUGGCCACGGCACUGACGGGGCAGGGAGAGGCCUGGGGGAAUCUGUUCAGAGAAGCUCUCCCCCUCCUUUCCUGUCUACGCUCCCUCUCCCCUGGAUUAUCACAAGAGUCCCAUAACUGCUUUCCUGUUGCCGCACGUCCCCUGGGGUUUAGUCUUAAAAAGCACCCAGAUCUUAAAGAUUUCUUUAAUACAUAAGUCACACUAGGGAAUUCCCUGGCGGUCCAGUGGUUAGGACUCCGCGCUCUCACUGCCGAGGGCCUGGGUUCAAUCCCUGGUCAGGGAACUAGGAUCCCACAAGCCGCAGGGUGCCGCAAAAAAAAAAAAAAAAGAAAAAGGCAUGAGUCACACUAUAAGCCUUUCCUCCUCAAAAUCUCCCAAAGGCAGCCCCUCCCUCAAGGGCCCCUCCCCCCCAUGGCCCAGUGUCCCCUUGUCCUUCUGGCCUCCUCUCCUGGUGCCCUCAUCCUCCCACCUUGCUACUCUGGCAGCACCUCAGGCGCACAUGCCUCGGGGCCUUUGCACUCACUGAUUUUCCUCCCUGGACACGCUUUCCCCAGACAUCCAUACAGCGUGUGCCUCGCCUCCUCUGGUCUCUGCACAAAUGUCAGCUUUUCAGAGAGGUCAUCCCUAACCAUUCUGCAUAAAGUGACACCCCAGCCCCCAGUCUUCCCAGUCCAGUUUCCCUGAGAGCAAAUGUGUGGGUGUCCAGAUUCAUGGUGUCUUAUACCUCCCUGAACUGCGCAGAAAGUGACUCCAUCCUGCUCAUGAGAAGCUGGCCCCAGGCGGCCUGACCUUCAGCCCAGGGAGGGAGGGAUGGCCUCCGGGAAGAGAGGAGGUCCGAGACUUGGAGGCAGCCAUACCUGAAGCAAACCCUACUCCGCCUCCCCCGUUUACUAACCAUGCUGAGCUGGGAAGGUCACCUUUUCUCUCCUGGGACAGGUGAGUACUCAGGUACUUCAAUAUUAAGGGACACAGCCUCUGACCUUAUUUUGUACCCUCAGAUGGAGAGGCAGAACGUACCAAUUACACUUUCCAGCAGUUGUAAUCUGCACCCGCUCAUGGUUUCCAGUUUGCAGAUGCCACUCCCCUAGGAUAAAUUCACAGACUGGGAUGGCGUGGCGAAAGGUGCCUCUGGAAGCUCUCAGUCAGGUGGUGUUCAUGACAGUUACCACUUCCUGCACAUGCAGUGACAUGACAACCUGAAGAGGUGUCCACAGCUCAGAAGAAAAUUCUGGAGACAAGAGUGAAGCACUCUUUUAAGAGGUGUUGUAUCACCCACACUUGAUGAUGGAUUUGCGGGCAUGGAGAGCGUGUGGAAGGACCGAGUCCUUGUUGGCAGAGGAGGUUGGCUGCUGAGCCAGGGCGUGUCUCCAGGAGGCCUUCCAGGCUGCCUGGAUCCCCACCUCGCCACCAUGGGCCGGCCAGGCUGACCAGCCAGUUCCUGCUGGAGUCUCCUGAUAUCAUCUGGGGAGAUGACAUCCAGGCCCCCCGACUGCCUACUGCAGCUGCUCCGGGGUGCCCAGAGGCAGUGGGUCUGCACCCUGUUCAUCAUCGGCUUCAAGUGCAUGUUUUUGGUCUCCGUCAUGGUCUACUGGCACAUUGUGGGAGAGCCCGGGGACCAAGGACAGUUCUCUAACCUGCCUGCUGACGUACCCUGCCCGCACUUGGUCCCGCACACACCGCCCUCCAGCACCCCACCUCCCGGCAACAUCUUCUUCCUGGAGACUUCUGACCGGACGGACCCCAACUUCCUGUUCAUGUGCUCCGUGGAGUCAGCAGCCAGGGCCCAGCCUGAGUCCCGGGUGGCGGUCCUGAUGAAGGGGCUGCCCGGCGGGAACGCCUCCUUGCCCCGGCACCUGGGCCUCUCGCUUCUGGGCUGCUUCCCCAACGUCCAGAUGCUCCCGCUGGACCUGGAGGAGCUGUUUCGGGACACGCCCCUGGCAGCCUGGUACACGGCCCUGCAGCAGCGGUGGGAGCCCUACGUGCUGCCUGUGCUCUCCGAUGCCUCCAGGAUUGCGCUCAUGUGGAAGUUUGGAGGCAUCUACCUGGACACGGACUUCAUCGUCCUCAAGAACCUGGGGAACCUGACCAACGCGCUGGGCACCCAGUCCCGCUAUGUCCUCAACGGCGCCUUCCUGGCCUUCGAGCGCCACCACGAGUUCAUGGCGCUGUGCAUGCGUGACUUCGUGGCCCACUACAACGGCUGGAUCUGGGGCCACCAGGGCCCGCAGCUGCUCACGCGGGUCUUCAAGAAGUGGUGCUCCAUCCGCAGCCUGGGCGAGAGCCACACCUGCCGCGGCGUCACCACCCUGCCCUACGAGGCGUUCUACCCCAUCCCCUGGCAGAACUGGAAGAAGUACUUCGAAGACGUCAGCCCCGAGGAGCUGUCCCGGCUGCUCAAUGCCACCUAUGCUGUCCACGUGUGGAACAAGAAGAGCCAGGGCACGCGCUUCAAGGCCACUUCCAGGGCACUGCUGGCCCAGCUCCAUGCCCGCUACUGCCCCACGACGCACAAGGUCAUGAAGCUUUACUUGUGAGGGGCCUGCCUGCCUGGCUCCCUCCCUGCGCCCGGCGUUUGGAAGGAAAGGGCUCGGCCCCCCUUCCUGGGGAGACCGGAGCUGCUGCAGCGCGGGAUCUGGGGCAGGCAGCAG